UUAUUAUCGAAUUUAUCGUAACGUUAGAGGGGGUAUCUAGGAGGAGUUCGCUAUAUAUGCGAUACAUUAUUCAGAUUUUUCCCAUUCCAAUUCGAUCAUUCGUUGAGAUCAGUCGUAUUGUAUCUGUUGGUGCGAAUUUUAUUAGUCGUAUUUUAUCUGUUAGUGUGUAUUUUCUUAGACGUAUUAUAUCUAUAGACGUGCAAGAUGUUUACCGAUUUAGUAAAACAGAUUGCAAGUAUUUUAAGUGUGCUUAGAACUAAGUAUAGUGGCAAAACCGUGAGGCAAGGGAUAAUUAAGUGUGAUAAGGCUAGACGUAGGAUUCAAGAUUCGAUGCGUAGGUCAUUAUCCAUAGGUGAAAGGCAACAUCUUGAGGCUUGUUUACGUAAUAUUAAAUCGAUGCGUAAACACUUUAAAUUAGAACAAAGGAGAGGCUUGGGUAUAUCUUUGAAUAAAGGAACCUCCACUUCGGCUUUUAGUAAUAGAAAAGAAACCGCAAAAGAUCGCGUGCAUUGGGAUGACUCCAUUUCGGCUUUUAGCAAUAGAAUACGAACUGGAGUUAUCACUAAUCUUAAACAUAAAGACCCCGGCAACUUCUUAAUGGAUUGUAAGACCAUCUUCAAAAGCCGAAUUCAUAACGCGUUGAAGCAAGAUGAGGCUGUGAAAAUAAAUGCGAUUUUUUGCGGGGAAUUUGUGAUUACUCAAGGUGAAAAGAUGCUUAAUGAGUAUAAGUACUUUACAACAUCAAAUGCGGCAAUAUAUAGGGAUACUAACAUAGAUGAGUGGUUUAAGGAGAAGGUUGAGAAACCAAUAAUGAAGAAAUUAUCGGAAUUUCAAGAACGUGAUAGUGGUUGGGGACUUAGUGCCGUUGUUAAUUUAGGAGUGAACAUUAACAAAUUUACACCUCAACUUGGCUCUUCAUAUAUUGAGUUACCUGUCCUGAUUAAGAGAAAAGAAGCUUGUAUCAACGUUAAGAACGAUGACAAUGCGUGCUUUGCGUGGGCGGUGGUUUCAGCGUUGUAUCCUGUUGAUAAACAUCCUCAAAGAAUAUCCAAAUACCCUCACUACUCUUCCGUGCUCAAGCUAAAAGGGAUCCAGUUUCCGAUGACUAUGCGACAAAUUCCGAACUUUGAAAAACAAAACAACAUCUCCAUUAACGUGUAUAUUCUGAAGAAGGAGAAAAAAGACCAGUCUAAUACGUUGCCUACCUACCUAACGAAGGAAAAGAGGGAUAAACAUGUGAACCUGCUUUUAGUGCAAGACUGCUACGAACAAUCGACCAAGUUCCAUUAUGUUUGGAUAAAAAAUCUUUCACGGCUAGUAUCGAAGCAGUUAAGCAAAGAAAAAAGGCAAAAGUAUAUUUGCGAUAGAUGUCUACAUUUUUACCGUUCUGAAGAUAAAUUACAUAAGCAUAUUAAGGAUUGCAUACAAAAGAAUGAUACAGCCAUCAAGAUGCCUACAGAGGAAAAAAAGAUGUUGAAGUUUAAAAAUUUUAAAAAUAAAAUAAAAGCCCCCUUUGUCGUAUAUGCAGAUCUCGAGAGCGUUCUGAAACCUAGCACAAAAAAGACUGCAUACCAACAACAUAUUCCAGCAGCUGUGGGAUACUACUUCAAGUGCUCAUACGAUGAAUCUCUUUCGUUCUACAACAGCUACCGCGGUGGAGACUGUAUGCGAUGGUUUGCUGACGAGAUGAAUAAGCUUGCGGAAGAUGUCUCUACGGUGUUUCUUUGCCCCUACAAGAUGCAUAUGACACCACAGCAGGAACUUGAAUUUCAAGCAGCAACGCACUGCCAUAUUUGUGAACAGUCAUUUAAAUCUGGUCAAAAGAAAGUUCGAGAUCACAAUCACCUUAUCCCGGAGAACAACUUCCGCGGAGCGGCAUGUGAGGGAUGCAACGUCAACUACCAGGACACUCAUACAAUUCCGGUGGUGUUCCACAACUUGAGUGGAUAUGAUGCUCACUUUGUUGUAACAGAUAUUGCCACUAGAAUGGACGGCAAGAUCGACUUGCUCCCUAUAACCAAGGAGAAAUAUAUUUCUUUUACCAAACACAUCAACGAGUCACGCAUAUGCUUUAGAUUUAUAGACAGCUUCCGGUUUAUGGCAUCAUCGUUAGAUAAAUUAUCAUCAGCUCUAACGAACUUUCCUAAUCUAAAGUCACAAUUCUCUACACUACCUGAAGAUCAAUUUAAUAUUUUAACUAAAAAGGGUAUUAUGCCGUAUGAUUAUUUCGACUCGUUCGACCGUUUCGAUGAGCCUAGUCUGCCUCCUCAAGAGACAUUUUACAAUAAGCUAGAAGAUAAGCCCUGUCCUCGAAGAAUGUACCGUAGAGCUCAAGAGGUGUGGACCAAAUUUAACUGCAGCAACUUGGGUCAAUAUGUUGACUUGUACAUGAAGACUGAUAUUCUACUCCUUGCAGAUGUCUUUGAACAGUUUAGAUCAAGCUGUAUUAGCACCUAUGAUUUAGAUCCGGCCCACUAUUUUACACUACCAGGCUUUACUUGGGAUGCCAUGUUGAAAUACACGCGACAAGAGCUGGAACUCCUUACCGACCAGGAUAUGUUUCUCUUUGUCGAGCGGGGUAUUCGUGGAGGGUUAAGUCAAGUCUGCUCUAAAAGAAGAGCUCAUGCAAACAACAAAUAUAUGUCCAAAUAUGAUUCAACGAAACCGGAUGUCUAUCUAAUGUACAACGAUAUCAAUAACCAGUAUGGCUGGAGUAUGAGUCAAUAUCUUCCAUAUGGAGGCUUUGAAUGGGUAGACUCCAACAUCGAUAUCACUACGAUUCCGGAUGAUGCAGAUGAAGGCUACAUUCUAGAAGUUGAUUUGGAGUAUCCACAGCAUUUGCAUGACGCUCACACGGAUUUACCGUUCUGUGCAUUACACAUCAACCCAAAGACUAUGAAACCGCCAACUGAAGCUGCGGAAAUUUCAAAACUCAUGGCGACCUUAAAUAAUAAAGAAAAAUACGUCAUCCACUAUCGAGCCUUGAAGCAAGCAUUAGCCCAUGGCCUAAUUCUCUCCAAAGUACAUAGGGUACUCAAAUUUAAACAGUCCCCUUGGCUAAAGUCCUACAUUGACCUUAAUACAGAACUAAGAAAAAAAGCCAAGAAUGAAUUUGAGAAGAACUUGUUUAAGUUGAUGAAUAACGCAGUCUUUGGGAAGACUAUGGAAAAUGUCAGAAAACGGGUUAAUAUCAAAUUACUAACGCAAUGGAAAGGACGUUACGGCGCAGAAUCAUACAUUGCGAAACCGGAAUUUAAAUCUUGCGCCAUUUUUAACGAAAACUUGGUAGCUGUAGAAUUGAAUAAGCUUGAAAUUUAUUUAAAUAAGCCUAUAUACGUGGGCCAAGCUAUUCUUGAUCUAGCCAAGACAACUAUAUACAGCUUCCAUUAUGACUACAUGAUGGAUAGAUUUGGAGAUAACUGCACUGUUCUUUACACAGAUACGGACAGCUUAAUUUACGAAAUUCGUGAACAAGACCCUUAUAUGGCUAUAAAAAGCGACUGUUUUAAAUAUUACGAUACUAGCGAUUAUGACCCCAAUAACCCAUAUGGCAUACCCCUUGUAAAUAAGAAAGUGUUGGGCAUGAUGAAAGAUGAAAAUAAUGGACAGAUAAUGACUGAUUAUGUAGGAUUACGAUCGAAACUGUACACCACUAAAGUGUUAUCCACUAAGGACGAUUUAAUAAAACUACAACAGAAAUUGGAAGCGGAGGAGUAUGAUGAGGAUGAAAUUGCUACGGUUAUUAAAAAUUAUGGUUUGACUAAGAAGGCAAAGGGGAUAAAGAAAAGUGUAGUGGAGACUAAAAUUACUUUUGACGAUUAUGUGGAAUGUCUAGAGACCUAUAAGCGCAAAACUACAUCUCAAAAUUUGAUUCGUACGGAUAAACAUCAAGUUUAUUCCAUAACGCAAUCGAAAAUUGCCCUAAGUCUUGAGGAUGAUAAGAGAUACCUGAUUCCUGACUCAUUUAACACUCUACCGUGGGGCCAUUAUGCUAUCAGUAAGCCUCAAGAUGUUGAACAGAUGGAAGUUGAUUAA